AUGCCGCCUCUAAGUCCACAAGGCAAGAAAGCGAUCAUUACUGGCGGAGGCUCGGGAAUCGGUCUUGGCUUUGCAAAGGCAUUAUAUGAGAAUGGCUGUUCUGUCUUUAUAGCCGACCUCGGUCUCCAUGCCGCAGCCAAAGAAUGGCUCCAAAGUAUCGGAAGUCGCUCCUCCCCGAAGGUACGAUUUCACAAGACCGACGUUACAGACUGGACACAGAUCGAGUCAGCAUUUGAUGUGUUCGAGAAAGAUUUUGGCGGAGCACCCGAUAUCAUUGUUCCUGGUGCAGGAGUCUACGAGCCCUCCUCGAACAGUUUCUGGGCCGAUCUAGAUAGUGCGUCGCAUUACAAAGUCUUCGAUGUGAAUAUCAUGCAUCCGAUCAAGAUGUCCAGAAUCGCUAUCAAGAGACUACGCCGCGCUCAAAAGCCUGGCGUCAUCGUGCAUAUCUCCAGUAUUACGGCACAGAUUCCCAGCGUCGUAAAUCCUCUCUAUUCGGUUUCGAAGCAGGCUAUCAGCCAGUUCGUGAGAUGUAUGGCACCUCUGGAUGAUCUCGCCGGAAUUCGAGUGGUAGCUGUUGCACCUGGAGUCGUGGAUACUCCGUUGUUUCGCGAUAGCGCCAAGGCUCGGGCGCACAUUGACUUGGAAAAUGACUUCACUCUGCCACCGGAGGAAAUUGUCAAGGCGAUGAUGUCGCUCGUCACAAAUUCGAGAUAUCCGCCCGGGACUAUACUUGAAAUUGGCGACAUUGGUGGCUGGCGAGAGGUGGGUCUGUUGAAUGAUCCAGGUCCUCAGGGACGAUCAACCCUGCCGAGGCCGAAAGCCAAAGAUGCCAUCAAGCUUGUCGAGGCAGCCUUGGCGGACGAUGCAGGGGCAAUCAGCAAGCCACGUCUGUAG